UCAACGCAUAUCAGAUCCGGAAUGUUGGAAAUCUGGUACAAAAACAUGUUAUAGAACAAGGGCGAUGUGUGGGCCGAUCAUACGAGACGAAAACAGAAACUUGCUGUGCUGUAUAUAAAGUUUGUAUUACGUGGGGACCAUGGACAGACUGGGAAUGUGAAGAAUGUAAACCAAUUUUAGAUCUCGAACAAUUGGAGGAGUUAGUUUUCAAACUAAUUAACGACUUGGAUCUCAAGCCAAUUGGCGAGUUGAAUCCCAAAGAAAUUGACCAGUGGCAUCCCAAACUAACUAAGGAGUCGUAUCUUACUCAAAUUGACAAGUAUUACAAACUAAUUGAAAAGAUGGAUCCCAAACUAAUUGCCAAGUUGCUUCGCAGACAAUUUGAGAUGUUGGGUCGCAAACUAGAUGACGAGUUGGUUGCGGAAGCAAUUGCCGACGGAUGUUUGCUUUAUGGUACAAGAACAUGCAAAAGGACAAGGGUAUGCCCUUCGUGUCCAUUUGAACCAGCAUCACCACCCCAAUGUGAGGGGGAAACAUUCGAGACGAAAACGGAAAUGUGCUGUUUUUUAUAUGAAAAGCCUCUAGAACCUCAAUGCAUCCGACAUUGCUCUUGGAAUGAAUGUUUGAGAGAAAAUAAUUGCUGUCCAGGAGUAUGCCAACUUUCAGAAAAACCAUGUAACCCAUAUUGCUUUGCUGUAGAUAUUUCUGGUUACUGUACUCACAAUGUACUUGAAUAAAAUGUGCACAUGGAAAAAUAAAAUGAAUAAGUUGAGAGCAAUUAAAGUUGUUGUAUUAUUAAUUAGAUAGAAUUAUUAAAUGACAGAUGCUGGAUUGUGUU